AUGAAGAACCAGAUCUCCCUGGCGGAAAUGAUUACGGACCGAGAUGAGGGUGCCCUGAAACAUCUUAUCGACAUUCGCAUGGAGUACCUUGACAAGCCCGGAUUCCGUCUCAUUUUCGAAUUCGCGGAGAACAACUACUUCACCAACAAGACCAUCACGAAGACCUACUACUACCAAAACGAGAGUGGGUAUGGGGGCGACUUCAUCUACGACCAUGCCGAAGGCGACAAGAUCAACUGGAAGGAGAGUCAAGAUCUCACAGUUCGCGUUGAAAGCAAGAAGCAGAGAAACAAGAACACAAAGCAAACACGCAUCGUCAAAAAGACUGUCCCAACCGAGUCGUUCUUCAACUUCUUCACCCCCCCUCUGGCUCCCACCGAAGACCAAGACGACGCCGCCUCGGACAUUGAGGAGCGUCUCGAACUUGAUUACCAGCUUGGAGAGGACAUCAAAGAGAAGCUUAUUCCUCGCGCCAUCGAUUGGUUUACUGGCGAGGCACUUGCUUUUGAGGAGCUGGACGACGAUGAGCUGGAGGGCGAGUAUGAUGACGAGGAUGACGAUGAAGACGACGAUCUCAGUGAGGAUCGCGACGACGAUGAGGAGUCGGAGGAGGAUGACGACACUGGCAAGCCGAAACAGGAGGCAGCUGAGUGCAAGCAAAGCUAAAUUCAUCGAACCCUCCACUGUGCACACGCUUAGUGGCACAGGAAGUAGCUCAUUGCCUCUGUUUCCCAGAUUCGACUCGAGUCUGUUCGUAGUGGAUCGCAAUCAUUUCACUCCAUCGAGUGCGUCCGCAACAUGCACAGCAGGACACACCGGCCGGGCGGUAGGAUGGCAGAUGGCCUGACAAAACCAGAUGUUUGCUUGUCUGCCUGGCUUUAUUUCGACGCGAUAGACGGUAAUUGAAGUUUGAGUCUCAGGUGCGUCCUGUACCAAAUGUGGACUGGCACAGCUGGACUACGAGUACAUCUGUGGUUCGUUUUGAAGUUUGCACUGCCGCACACAGUUCUUUUUUUCUCCUUGUCCGAGGUGGAGUUGCGCAAACGCUGCAGUAGAAAAGCUCGGGUGCUCUUGGAAGCAUUUAAUAUACUGAGAGGCGAACUGCUCUCUUGCAUGC